AUUGAAUAGGAUUACUUAUCUUGGUCGCACUGGCAGCCUCAAAGGGUCAAGAGUGGUUAUAGCAAUAUCAAAAAUGUCGAAUUGAGAAUCUGCACGCAAUGUGGCAAUAAGCGUACAAAUGAUUGCGUACGAAUGUAAUUUCACAUGUAUUAAUCGAUACUGGGUCGAAGCUAAUUUAAGAUCGGAGUAAGGAUGGAGACGGAAAUGCGGUGAAGUUCAAAGUAUGCAUUCAUUGUUGUAGCAAUCUGCAAAGCUAAGUAUCGUUUAAGAGACUCAAUGUUCUGUAGCUAACAAUAGGCAACGUCUGUAGGUCAUCGCUUCUUUUAGGAUUCAUCACGUACUGUACAAGAACAGGUUCUGAGCUCCUGAGCGCUAAUUAAUGGCUGCAUAAACGACUGGUGUAGCCACCCCACAUACUUACGCAAUACUAAAAGACGUCCGUGGUAAAGUCGACUUGCGUGUGGACAUUAUUUGUGACUUAACUUGAUGGGUUUGGCAGCCGCAUUUACGUUUUGAAAUUGUGAGAGUUUGAUAGUGGGGAUGAUACAAAAAAAUCGUAGUUUUUUUAAUUUUGGAUCUAAACUUCUAUCACCAGUCUUCGGAUUAAUCAAUUUUUACGAAUGAAUUUGGAAGCGCCACCGAGAGUCGUUAUUUGAUCUGCUCGACUAUUAUUCGUAUUAUUCAGAUGCAAUGCUGGUCAAAUUGGCCGUCGAGGCACUGACUUCAGAAUGUUUGAAAAAAACAAUUUUAUGAUUCGAUGACAGUUCGGAUGGCUUGACAGCUAUAGAAAAGAACCGAAAUGUUCAAAAAAAUUAACUCUAACAUGCAUAGAUGUACAACGCAGAUCGCUUGAAAAGCGACUUUGCUAAGCGAUUCGUCAAUCGACUCAACCAUGGAGGUCGCUGCUCUUGUCAUUGUCAAUGCAAUUUGCUUUCGAAAUGUUGCAGCUGCUGAUUAACCCACUUUGCGCUCGGGAGAAACUGGUAAUCGUGUUACCGAAGAGGUCCGACAUGGACAGGAUAAAUCCAUCAUAUGAAUGUGGAAGGGGGAUCUGCAGAGUACGCCUUGGCCUUUAAUGUGGCACUUAUCCGUCAGUAUUUCAUUCCUUGGUAGUGCUGAUCCUCGCGUGGCAUAAGUCGAAGUCUGAAGUUGGAAUUCACUUAUUGACACCGGAUACAUUGCGAGAAAUUUUUGCGGUGACUUUCUCCUUGUUGUAUCUGAAAAUCAUGCUACUGCAAUCGAUGCUUCUUGAUAAAUCCAGCAUUCGAAUUAAAAGCUAACGCUGCUGGAUAUUUGUAAAAGGAAGGCUCAUGUAGGCUAUCUUAUCGCAGCAUGUGACCACUCGAGUAUUCAAGCUAUUAUUGAGCGCAGUGGGCGCGCACGCUUUCUCGAUUUAUCUGGUAUACCACUUCGAUCAUUCAUAGCAUCCAGGCGUUUUGAGGGUUCUGUUACGUCAAUAAUUGAAGUAUUUUCACAUGACGAGUUUAUUAAACCUCUUAGAUUUCGGCAGUCAAAGAUAUAUUUUUGUGACCGGGAUUUCGAGCCACCACAAACUCCACACGACCAAACUAAACCUUUAACCCACUGGAAAAGGACAGCAAAGAUUUGUUUUGACGCCGCAACUCUCGAGCUGUCGGUCUCCGAUUCAGGACGCCGUUAGGAAUAGCAAGACUAGUCUCGCUGCUUCGGAUUGAGAGAGAGAGAGUUAUUCUUGUAGCUGACAGCGGCACAGAUACAAUGGGUAGGGCUGGUGAAAGCUGUUUGCUUUUUUGAAUGUCAUGUUUAUAGUAGUUAUAUUCAUCUUCUGAAGCCUUCAUUUUCAUUAUCUGACUCGCUAUCAUCUACAAAUCAACAUGCCUGCAAGACUGCCGCAUCGUCCUCAUGUUAUUCUGUUGAUGAUCCAUUGUGUCUUCCUCCGCUUAGCCAACAAGCGACACCCUUAGAUGGAAAAGGUCGAUUCAUUCGUCUACCCGAUUCUGCCACUUAAAUCGUAAUACCAAGCUUCUUCAUCAAAAUUAUUGAAUCCAUAGGCUCCAAGGAUAGUGCCCGCUUCCUUUUAUUUUUAUACAGCAUUUUAAAAACUUUAAAUUUGACAACGGCGUAGUCGCAGCUUCGUUUUUUAUCACACCUGUCAAACCUUUCUGCUUGGCCUGUACUUGGGUUGUUUUCGAAAAAGUUCUCUCUACUCACAGGGAAGAAUGGACGCUCGUCCAUAUGCGUUUUGCUCACAUAGCAUGCAUCUACCCAGACUGUGAAACAGUUUUCAACAGUACCGUGCCGUGAUUGCGAUCAUAUAGACUCUUCUUUUGUGCCACUUGGUUAUCUUGUUCUUCCACGUUGGAGUGACUUUACCCAAAACCAUGCGCGUAAUCUUGGCGUGAGGCGUUUCACAGUGGACGCUCCCAGUUCGCACAACAUUUGGGAUACGAUAUCGCUACAGUCAAUUCUUGCGUCAACAUACAAGCGUAAGAUAACCAUGGCAACCACUCCUUUCAAUAAUCCAAUAUUGCAAAAUUUACGACCACUGGACGCCGUGGAUUUUGUGGCAGUGAUAGAAGACGCACUUGCUGUAAUUCGUGAGGUACCUGUAGCCAAAAGCCAAAGAUCGGGAGUCGGGUACUGUGGUCACCAUACUCGCGAACGAAAUUCUUUGAAGUUUGGGGCAAAUUUCAAAAGUGGUGCUUUCGGCGCGAAGCGAAAUACAUGUACAGAAGCUUAACUGAGUACGAAUGAAUAAGGGUAUAGACUGAUUUUUUAUUUGUAAGAGAAAGCGAGAAAGGUUCCUGAUUCUCCUACACAUACAGCCAUUUUUUUAAACGAACAGAUUGAGAAAGGAUCCUGUGGCUUCAAAGAGUCUUGCUAGGAAGAGGCGUGGAUCCCACAGUCGUGAUAGAAACCAUAACAAAUUUAUGCUUUUCACUUCAUUUUGAGUCCUCUUAAUGCAUUCGUAUGUUUGCAGAUAGCAUUUACUGCAAGUGAUACAAAAGUACAAUAAAACAAACGCGAAUUCCAUCCAAAUAUCUUGCGUGGAUAGCCUUUACAAACUCUAACUGGACCUAAGACUCGGAUUCGAUAACGAGAAAAAGUGGUGAAAAAAGCACGAGUAGAUUUAAAACAUACUUCGCUUCUUUGCAGGUGACGUCGAAUGACGAGGAAUUUGGCAGAAUGUAUAGAUUUGCUGUUACAUGAUGAACAGAUUGUCAGAAUUUGCAGCGUUUGCAGCGUUUGAUGGCUCUUGCAAAACGUCCCAGUAAUAAUUUUUUUUGCGCAUUUACAUUGAUGAAUCUUGUUAAAAAGCCCUUCGUCGCAUUUACAAACAUGCAUUUCCAAACGGAGACUCGGCUGCAGAUUAUAUAAAAAUCAUUUCCACAGCAAAAUGCUGAAACAUUUGCGUUGCUUGGCAUCCGCUUUCGGUGAACACAUAUGUCAAUGGACGCUCAAUACCAUGUCGAUUGCAUCUAGCGCCAAACUUUGCCAAUCAAUAUCUUUUCGUCCGUAGCAUAGAUUCCUCUUGAGCGAAGACUUUCCACUUCGACGCUAGUAGCUUUCAAUUAAACUGCUUACAAAUCAAUUGUAUAUAAAACAGUCGAAGUUGCCAAGUAAUAGUUUCUUUUCUUUUAAAAUUGUAAAUUUAGUUUCAAAUAAUCUUUCAAGCUGAUGUCCGGAUGCAAAUUUAGCAUAUUUGUACAGCAGCACAUCACAAUUUUUUCAACAACACAAGGUAUGGACGAGCAUUAGAGUUCGGCUUUGACUAACAAGAAAACUUGGUAAAUCUUUCAUAUUCGAAGCGUGAGUUCCAUCGAAUUGCCUGAUGAGCAAUCACCUCAAGAAAGGCUUGCUACAUACUACAUAUUAUCUGGUAAACAUUUAGUGUCGCAAUACAUCUUCAUCAUCGCAAUGAAUUUAAAGGCUUGGUAACGGUAUUAGCUUUGCCGAUGCGCAAUCAUGUCCGCUACACCAACCACGGAUAGCUGCGUCCAAGCUCGAUAACCACAGUCGAAUGAAUAACAUACGUCUAUUUCAAUAACAAUCGGGUGUUUCAAUGAUGUCGUCUAUCAUUUGUAGUGAACUGGCUAGAGAAUAAUUCACUAGCUGGUAACUAGCCAUCGCACAGAUACGAUCUCCUAGAGCCCAAAGGUAUUGAUGAGGUCACACAGCAACUCAACCCCGGAGUUACCUUCGCGUCUUUGCUUCCUGGCCUAUGCUGAUACUUUUGCAUCCGACCUUACCGCAGCAAUCAUUCUCUUGCAAGCAGCCAAGUACUUCAGUUGGAGGAAUGGUGCAAAAAAGGAUUUUUAGAUCUUUGCAACAUAGUAUUCACCAACGUUGAUAGCUAUCAAGCUAUGAGAAAAAAGCAUGUGAAGUUAUCCAUAAUUCGUGUGCAGAAUUUGAAAGCGGAGAUUGCUUAACUAAUUUUCAGAUGACAUCUUUUGUGAUGAGAAACAAAGAGAUCAGCGAUAAAACAGCGAACCAAACAUCCAAAUUCAGUUCCGACAAUAAACAUGCCGGAAUUUUGCCGAUCUGUAUCAGCUUGAUUACUUCAACAACUGCAAGGUUUGUUGAUUCGGAGUAAUUUCAUUAUGAUCGUGCAAAUCACGUUGCCCCAAAACAAGUAUUAACGAAAAGGUCUCAAAACUGUCGGCAAUAACCAGAAUCGACUUUGUUCCGCACGUCCACCUUCGAGAGGUCAUACGCGCCAAGAUUGCUAGUGAAACACACAGAUGCGUCGGACUGACAACAUAUUUCAUAUCGUCACCUCGUUUUUAGGUCGCACUUCUUAGCAAAGUACAUUGCUCGCAACAGUUAAGCUGUUGCUUUGUUGCGAUCGGUUCUAUCAAGUAGACAGUCAUGUAUAUCGUAUCGACCCGCAUACAGAGAAUUCUUUCUACUGUUCCAACCGGUUCCUUAACUUUUUUCAGCAUUACUGGGUCUUUAAACAAGGGUUUUAGCAUAACAAAAGUUGUGGUUUUUAAACCGAGAUAAUGAAUAGUGAAGGUGCAUGUAAUUUAACUCGGACUUGUAGGCAACAGAGUUUCAUCUUGUACAUACAUGAGCCGUCGAUC